CGGUUCAGAGGCCCUGGCAGAGAAGCUGGGACCCAACACACCGCCCAGCCUCGGGGGCACAACAGCAGACGCCGUUUCCCCCCACACCUCGGCCGUAUGGAAUAGUCUGUCCCACAUCCCACCCCCACGGCAUCAAAUGGACUCUCCUGCUCCCCGCCCGGUGGCGCACCGCACCUCGGCUACCAUGGCAACGGCGGCCGUGCCCAGGGGAAGCGGGAGCCGGGAGCGGGGCCCUACCGAGCCGAUUCCCCUCCACGAUUGCUACCUGCAAGUCAUUAAAAUAUCUUCCUUAUAUUGGGUGUCAUGAACAUCAAUGAUUUUGUAAUACUUCCAGGCUCAAAAACUGGAACCUCUGUGAAAUUGAAAGCCAAAACUGUCAGAGAAUUGCAGCUGGAGAAAGCACAGUUAGAAACAGAAAAUGAAGAGAUGGAGAAGAGAUUAAGACAAUUACAGUCAAACAUGAGCAGAGAAAAAGAAGAGAGGAAGGCAUCAAGUGCUUAUCAUUGGAAAUCUGGGCAGGCAAGACCAAUGACCAUUCAAGCCCAAGUUUUGUCACAAAGAAGAGAAAACAACAACAAGGUUUCUUCAGGAAAAGUGACGUUGCAAAUACUCAAAGAACGGAUUCAAGAGCCAGCAAAGGAACGACUUAAGCAUGAGGUGACAAAUGCUGUAGCUCAUAAGAAGGGUCAAGGGAAGAAGAUAGCACCUGGACUACGUGAAAUUAAGAGUGCACUGCUGACAGAAGCCAAUAGGCACGUUGGAAACCUGGAAGUCAUUGAUAACUUCAGCAAGAAAGAGAAUCUGAGUGGAUCGAAAAUUACUCGUGAGCAGAAGAAAGCAAAGGUCACACCAGACAAGUUUUCAUCUCUGCUAGUGUCAGUAGGCAGUGAUGAGGAGCCAUCCUCUGAAUCAACUUGCCUGAGCCUUGAAAAUCAGGACAAAGGAUUAUUACUAAAUGGUGCAUUUAAUGAGGAGGAAUCUGCAAGGUCUUUUCAGGAAGCUUUGCUUCAGUGGAGAAGAGGUAAUCGUGAUCACAGAGAACAUCCACAUGCAGAGUCUGUGGGAAUUUGUGAGGUACAGACCAGUCCUACUGUUACAAAGGAACCGAUCCAGAUCGAAUUCAAGAAGGAUGGCCUGAGCUACAUGGAGAAACUCUUGCUUAAGAAAUACAGAAGAACUCCUGUUGAUCAAAUUUCUGAUAGUUGCAUUAAAGAUUUAAGGCCUGUGCAAACAGUGAGUGUCCAUCAGACUGUGACUGGAGAAGAAGAAGGAGAUGAUGAUGAUGAUGAUAAUGUCAUGAAUGACUUAACAGCUGAAGAGGUGAAGAGAGGCUGGACAUCUGUUUUCAGAAGAGGAGUGCCCAACAUUGCAUCUGAAAGAGCAGAGUCCUCUUUGAAAAUUGAGCUCCUCGAUGAUUCUUAUGGCGAUGACUUGGAAGAAUCAUCUGACAUUUUGGUGAGAAAAUGUAGUAGGUUCCUUCUAAGGGACUGGGAUGAAAUCCAGAUGGAUGAGGAGGAAGAUACUCUGAAGGAUAAGCAACAGGUUCUUGCCCUGCAUUGAACAUGUAAAGAACUUAAUGCAAUUGCCCAUUUGUUUAUCAUACAGAACAAAGAAGCAAAACAAAGCAGUGUCUUGAGAGUUCUGGUCAUGGUGAUAUUUAUUAAGGAUUAUUUUGUGAGACUGGCAAUAAAAAUUCUUAAACUCCUUGA